CCGGCGUUGCUAUGGCGGCUCAUUGAGAGUGGGAAGCCGCGGGCGCGCGCUCCCUCCCGAGGCCUCCGCUAGCCGUUCAGCCGCCCUGGACGGUUGGCCUCGGACCUGAAGCCAGCGUUACUGGUUUUACGCCCAAGUUCGCAGCGGUCCAGAUUUCUCUCGGCGGCGACGGCCGGAGGCCGGCGGGAAAUAGUACUCUUAACAACGUGUUAUGAUGCCGUCUCGUACCAACUUGGCUACUGGAAUUCCCAGUAGUAAAGUAAAAUACUCAAGGCUUUCCAGUACAGAUGAUGGCUACAUUGACCUUCAGUUUAAGAAAAGCCCUCCUAAGAUCCCGUAUAAAGCCAUUGCACUUGCCACUGUGCUGUUUUUGAUUGGCGCCUUUCUCAUUAUCAUAGGCUCUCUCUUGCUGUCAGGAUAUAUUAGCAAAGGGGGGGCAGACCGUGCUGUUCCUGUCCUCAUCAUUGGCAUUUUGGUGUUCCUGCCAGGAUUUUACCAUUUGCGCAUUGCCUAUUAUGCAUCCAAAGGCUAUCGGGGUUACUCCUAUGAUGACAUUCCAGACUUUGAUGACUAACAGUCACCUCAGCCCUGGGGAAGAGUCCCAGUGCGCCCAGACUUAAUACAUCAAGAAGGAACUAUGGCUAAGGGCUGAGGAAUUCUACAUUUUACAGAUAUUAGCAAAGCAAUGGCUAGAUUUUGUUGGUUCAUCCCCAAAAUGCUGAUUGUUACAGUUAGCUAAUUAGGAUGUACUCUGUUUUCCACCUCCUGGUCCUGGCAAUGCUUGACAGAUUUUUGCAUGUGAGUAUUGUGCAGGAAUCGUGAAGUCAUUGUCUGGGGAGCAGGAGUUAUUCUGCAGUGGAGAGUGCUACCCUCUUUAGAGGCAAACAUUUCUUUUAAGUAGCCUUCAUUGCUACUUUUUUGUAGCCAAUGAAAGAAGGCAGUAUUGCUAAAGUUAUUUUUGAAAUGUAUACAUAUCCUUUAUGCAUCUCUACCUUCAUGUUCUGAUAAAAGCAGGUUUGGGGCUGGAGAGAUGGCUUAGCAGUUAAGGUACUUGCCUGCAAAGACAAAGGAACCAGGUUCGAUUCUCCAGUACCCAUGUAAGCCAGAUGCAUAAGGUGACACAUACAUCUGGACUU